GUCCUUUUCAUUUUCUAUUUGCACCGUAGUGUUACACAGUGAAUUCCAUGGGCAAGAACAAAAAGAUUGAACAAAAGAAACUAAUAACAGUAGAAUACAAGGUCUGGAUGUACUGCAACGAGUGUGAAAGAAUCGUUGCCAAAACCAUGAUCAAGUGUAAAGGAGUCGAAAAGUUCAUCACCAACAUGAACAAAAACCUGGUGGUGGUAACAGGUCGGAUUGAUCCAAUUAAAGUAAAGAAAAAACUUAAGAAGAAAACGGGAAAGAGAGUGGAGAUUGUGCGUAACGAGGAUGAAGAAGAGGCAAAAGAUGAAUCACAUGAAUCUGAUAAACAACUUGUCGUAAUGUAUCAGUUCGCGCUCGAAAAUGAUUGUUGCAUAGAGACCGAAGCCACGAUGAUAUUGAGUGAUGAGAAUCCACAUGCAUGUGCACUAAUGUAAAAGGGGUUAUUCAAGAAUUUCAUUCCUUAUUCUUUGAUGUGUUGUUGUAUUUGUACGAUCAUCCUUUGACGGCAGAAUUCUCCUAAUUUUUUAUUCAUUCACCGAACUGAAACCAAGACAUUAUCUUGAAAAAGAAAAACUUGAUUUGU